AUGAAACUGGCCUCCAAUUAUGAGCCAGGAGCACUAUGGGGCCAGGGACUCGAUAGGUGUUUGUACACAGUGGAAGCAAAAAGGGAUAAAGCUCGAUACAUUUGCAGAGAACUAUCUUAUGCUUGUCUGACCCCCACGCAGCAAGAGAGGCUCUCUGCGCGCAUCAGCGGGGCGCGGAAAAUGGUCUGUCAGCAUGUAGGCCAAAUCGCCGAUGUCAUUUGUGACGAGGGUGAGCAGAAGCAUUACAUUUUGUAUUCUGCCGGUCAGACUCUUGCAGAGCUACGGGCGCUGAAAAAACCAUCUCUUGAUGAUGUGCACUCUUCGCUUAUGCAGCUCUUAAAGGCGUUAGCCUACUUACAUAGUAAAGUUAAGCCAGACUCAGACGUGGGCGUUGUCCUUGCCGGCAUCUUGACCCCAGAGCGGAUUCUCUGUAGCAAGGGGCUCCUUAAGGUUGUGGACUAUGUUCUGCCCGAUUCGCUUAGUAUUGGGGAGGCUCUUUUAGACAACCAAGAGAUGUAUUGUUAUGCACCUCCAGAACUUCUUCACGCGGUAGCAAAAUCAGAGCUGCAGGGCACACUCACAGAGAAGGCAGAUCUGUGGUCUUUGGGCUGUUUGAUUUACGAGUUUAUUACUGGACUCAAGCCCUUAAGAGUUAGCCCCGUUAUGGAGGCAUACAAUAUGAGUAUGACCAUCAUGGAGACGAUAUCUCUUCCACCAUCUUAUGACAAGGACAUCAAGCCUGUUCUAUCUAUCCUUCUUUCUCCCAUACCCGCCCGCAGGCUUCCGGCCAUGGCUCUGCAAAAUAACCCCAGGAUAGUCUCGGCCCCACUGUUACUUUAUGAUGGUAAGAACUUGACUGGACUAAAAACGGCAGAUUUUGAUCUCUUAGACUACUCUGAUUCCGGCACUGUUUGUGCGGAGUCUGCCUCGUCAGAUCAGGCUGCAUCGGAGCCUGCUUUGUCAAAGGACGAGUGCACCCCUGCUGAGAUAGGUGCAAUAGAUGAUUCUGUGUCUGUUGUGUCUUCCGCGACAACUGCAAUGACAUCUCUUCCUGCUGACUAUAGGAGGCCCUCCGAGGCAGUAGAGGAACAAUGGACAGAUAUGAUGAUUGCUGCACGGAACAACGACCGGCACUCUGUGAAGAAGCUCAUGCAAUGCUAUUCUAUGGUGGUCGAUACAACCGGGAGAACAGCUCUGAUGCAUGCAGCAAUUUGCGGUCAUUCAGCAAUAGCAAAACUGCUCGCGAAGACAGAGAGAGGCAAAGUGUGUACAGAGAGAGGGUGGACUGCUCUUAUGUAUGCUGCAUGCCAUAACAAUGCUGAUGUCUGCAAGGUUCUCUGGAAAUAUGAAGGGGGUAUGACGACCAGCAAUGGUUUUACGGCUCUCAUGAUCGCAACGCAGCAGAACAGUAUUGAUGCAAUUGCUGAGCUGGCCAACAAAGAAGCUAAGCGAAAAGAUUUAACUGGGACUACCGCCCUCAUGAUGGCUGCAAAAAUAGGGAGCAAGGAUGCUGUACGGCAUCUGCAUGUGCUGGAAGGAAAGAUACAGAAUGACAAUGGCUAUGCUGCCAUACAUAUCGCAGCAGAGGAAAAUAAAGCGGACGUGUUAUCUUUUCUUAUCAAACGCGAAGCAACCUGCCUGGCCCCAGGAGGGUUGACAGCACUCCACGUUGCCGCGCUUAACGAUAGCACCGAUUCGAUUCGUUACCUGCUUCAAUCCCUACAUUCCCUCAAGACAGAGCGUGGCUAUACUGCACUUAUGCUGGCAGCUAUGGCGGAUCUUCCGGACGCAGUUGAGUUACUGGUCAAGGAGGAAGCGCGUAUGAGGGACAACGAUGGAUGUACAGCCUUGAUGCACGCGGCUCAAAAGAACAGCUUUGGCGUUGUUCGUGAUCUUCUGCCACUAGAAGGAAAGUUGACUGAUUCGACGGGCUCCACGGCUUUGCAUCACGCAGUGAGAUGCAAUUCAAAAGAUUGUGUACGGAUUCUUGCUCCUUAUGAGCGGAGUAUAGCAAAUGAAGACGGGAAAAAGCCUGCAGAGCUUGCGGCCGAAUCUGGUGCGCAUGAGCUCAAAGAAAUUAUCGACGUGAGCACAAGUCACAGGCCACUAAUAAAUCUAGAGCCUGACACUCCGCCCACGCAUUACGAGCCGACCUUAACGGACCUAAUGAAGGCGGUGAAAGCGUGUAGCACUCCUCAGGUUAAGGAAUUCAUACAUCAAGCCGGCCAGUUUAGCACCACAGGUUAUACGGCACUGGCCUAUGCUGCGGUGUUGAACUAUGCAGAUCUUGCAGCCCUUUUAAUAGAAAAGGAGGCCGGAUUGCAGGCACCCCUGCCAGCAGACCCCAAGGAAAAGGCAUGGGAGGGGUCUACGGCCCUUAUGCUUGCUGCGUGGCAUGGGCAUAUCGAGGUGGUCAGGCUCCUCUUGCAACAUGAGACAAGACUUCAGCGCCGGGAUGGACGGACUGCCCUUAUGUUAGCGUCUGUUAAAGGUCAUGAGGAAAUUGUCAGCUUGCUCAUACCCUAUGAGGCUGGGAUAAAGGACAGACGGAGAUACACAGCCCUGGCGUUGGCUGCCCAGAGAGGAAAUCUCGCCGUCAUCAAGCUUCUUGUUCCGCACGAGGCCCGUAUACCAACACGGAGAGGCUUCAGUGCCCUGAUGUUUGCCGUCCAGGAAGGCCACACUAAGUCGGUAGGGUAUCUGGCCAAACACGAGAGUGGUAUGCAGCUCAAAAAUGGACAGACCGCCCUUAUGAGCGCCGCAAGCCACGGAUUUAUCAAAUGCCUGUCUAUUCUACUCCCCCAUGAAAAGGGGAUGCAAAGGACAGAUGGGUACACAGCCCUCAUGAGCGCGUGCAAGCAUGCCCAUGCGGAAGCCAUUACUUUACUCGUAGACCACGAACUGGGUCUAAGAACGAAGGAUGGUCGAGGAGCGUGGGACUUUGCUACGACAAAAGCAGCCAGGGAUGCACUGAAGCAGGUCAACUUAUCUAAAUCCUGA